GUCGUGCGCACCGACGCACGCACGCACGCUCCGCACUGCCCUCAGUCGCUCCUGGGGGACGACACAGGUGACAGCCACCACACUGCUCGCGACGCCCUCCAGCGCACCUGACGAAGAUACAGCGAGCGCAGGUGCGACUGAUAACACAAUCCCAGGCGCCACUGCGCACUUCUGCAGAGACAUUCCCUCGUUUAAUCCCGAUUAGAAAGCUGGAACGAGGAAGCUUUAACCACAUGUGUAAUUGACCCGAUGACCCUGUAUCUGAGAUUUACCAGAACUGCCCUGGUAAUCGGCGAGGUCAAUGACGUAUUGGCUUUAUCACUAAGCGUUUUAUUCCGAGUGUGACCAACUGAGGCGUGAGACGUUCGUAAAGCCGCUGCGAGGAGUUGACACAGAGAGGCGUGACGUACCAGGACGUGUGACACGGAGGUGACGUACCAGGACGUGUGACACGGAGGUGACGUACCAGGACGUGUGACACGGAGGUGACGUACCAGGACGUGUGACACGGAGGUGACGUACCAGGACGUGUGACACGGAGGUGACGUACCAGAACGGGUGACACGGAGGUGACGUACCAGGACGUGUGACACGGAGGUGACCCCCCCCCCCCCUAUAGGAGCCAGUAAGGGUCCAACGAACCACGGAGAGUGACACGGAGGCCACACACCAAGAGAAAGAUGCUGUCUGUGCUGAGUAUGACUGAACACUUGGAGGACGACGGGGACGACGGGCCCCUCGCCCUCGACGACGACGAGCACUGCCACGACAACAUGCACCUCUCCAAGGCCGAGCUCAGAAAGAGCAACAAGCCCAUCAUGGAGAAGCGGCGACGAGCCAGGAUCAACACCUGCCUGAACGAGCUCAAGUCCCUGAUCCUGGACGCCAUGAAGAAAGACCCAGCGCGACACAGCAAGCUGGAGAAGGCAGACAUCUUGGAGAUGACAGUCAAGCAUCUUCAGGCGGUUCAGCGCCAGCAACUGGCGCUCGCGGUCGCGCACGACCCCGCUGUGCUGACCAAGUUUCGCAGCGGCUUCACCGAGUGUGCCCAGGAGGUCACUAGGUACGUGUCGAGGAUAGAUGGGGUUGACAACGCUGUUCGUCAGCGCCUUCUGCAGCAUCUUGGUCAGUGCGUCACAGGGCUAACUGCCAUGACGCCCAUGUCGUUCACUGCGAUGGCGGGGCUGCCGGUGCCUCUAGCGCACCUGCAGGGCGGCGGCAUGCCCCCAGCGCCGCCUCCAACGCUGCAGCAGAACCCCGGCGACAUUAACAACAACCAGGCGAGGCUGCUGCAUGGCCUCGUCGCCGCCAGACUAGCAGCUGCAGGGGACGCCGCAGGAGCAGCUCUGCUUCUACAUGGCGGUUUGUCACUACUGGCGCGCGCCGCGCCCCACACCUCCUCACACGCGCCUCCCCACGCGCCUCCACACGCGCCUCCUACAGCAUCUUCCCUUCCGUCCUCGGCUCCACAGUCUCAAGGCGUAACUCAGCCUUCUCAAGUGCUUCAGCCCUCAGUAGUCAAAAUAAACGACGGUGCUUCUUCUUCUUCUGGCGAGCGCCUUCCUCGUCCGUCUGCGUUCACAGCUGUGCGACGUGCAUUAUCUCCGUCCAGGGCGCCGCUGGACGUACACACACGCGCCCCAGAACCGCCGCAGCUGCUGGCACCGACGGCAAGGCGGUUCAUUGGAGCUCCCGAAGACCAUCCAGAGACAGUCGUCCGCGCCCAAGUGGCCGUCCAGCCUGUAAACCUGACGGUAUCCGUCCCUCAGGACGCAGGCGUUCGCGUUCCCCUGGACUACUCCUUCAGGAAACGGACUGUAAACAGGCCAACGCCGACUCACCCUGACCCUAGUAUGACCGCACACACUACACCCCAGCACACUAACCUGCUACACACUGAGGUCAAACAUAGCUGCAACUCACACUUGACAUCCUCGGCGUAUACACAGGGCCUCCUGCUUGCAAGCAAGUAUCAGCUGUCACACAACACACACGUGGUGCAGGCAUUGGUCAGCAAGAGGCCUCGGGAAAAGGAGGAGGAAGAGGAAGAUAAUAUGUCCUGUUCCCGCCCGUCCAAGAUUCUCAAGACAGACUUCUCCUCUUCAGCCUGUCCGCCCCUCACACUGCACCUCACGCCGCCGGGACAGGCUUCAGACCCAUCACACUCAUCUGCCUCACACCUGACGCCUCCCUCACAAUCCUCCUCAUACCCGUCGCAACACACACCUACCUCACACACCACGACCCCGCCCUCACACACGUCCCCUCCCUCCUCACACCUGACUCCUCCUCCGUCUCUGUCAUCCUCACACACGUGCACUGUAUCGUCGCCAUCUGGACCAACCACGCCGAAGAAGGAGACGGCAUCAGACAGUUCGCCUGACAAAGCCGCCAGCUCCGCCACACAGGAGGAAAAGGACAUGUGGCGCCCCUGGUGAUCUGAACACCUGCUCAAAGCCCCUGGUGCUCUGAACACCUGCCUUAAGCCCCCUGGUGAUCUGAACACCUGCCCAAAGCCCCUGGUGAUCUAAACACCUGCACAAAACACCUCCCUAAUGUCUUGGUGAUGAUUCUAUACGACAAAGAACUCCUGUAACUAACUAUUGAGACUUACAAAAGCUUUUGUAAUUCUGUAACAACUACGUCUUGUUACAAAACCUAAAAUGAAAUCCCGGUGGUUCUCUACACGGAGACCGGUAAUUAGUAGUCACGGAAUAUGUUAAUUACAUGUAGAUCUAUGAGGCCAUCGCUAUUAUUAAGGUUUAAACCAUUUUGAGUGUUUUAAACGAGUGAUAAACCAGCUCUCGGUCGUGUGCCAAAGCGUCUCCGUCCUGAUCUCAGAGUUUGGAGAUAGUGAACAGAACCAUAUACCAGGACCUCAGUUUCACAGACUUAAGCUGGUCUCUUUCUGUAACCCAAACUCCUGAAAAUAGUACAUCGAAUUUUGACGUAUAUAAUUGCCCCUAGCGGAUAGCAAAAUUGACGUGAUGUCCCGUUUUCUGUUCGUGGGUUCUCGGGUAGGUUAGGUUCGGGCAAUUUACUACAACAGUUUAGGGACGUUGGGGACGCUCCAGAGAACGGGCUGCUUCCACAGUUAAACCUUGGGUAACCCCCCCCACCCCCC